AGAUAAUCCCUUCCUUUACUGGUCAUAUUUAUGGUAAUUUUUCACCAUUUAUGUGACCAUAGCUUGUAUGUACCGUGUACUCGGUUCGAUAAUCAUUUUAAAUAUAAUCUUUGGUUGCUGUUCGAAACAUCGUCAGUAUUGGCAGGAUAGACAUACCGGCAAUCGUUGGCUUGUAUCCAUUUGGUCAGCAACUCCACAUAAUCAACCACCAUUGGAUUUUACUGAACUAAAAGACGCUAAAUAUUUCAAAGUUUACAGUUUAUUUCUAACAGCCACCAGUAACUGUUACAAACGGAGCGCACCGCCAGAUGAUCACAACAACUUUAAAGGGUAAAUCAUUAUUUCGUGGACAUUUCAUUGGUUGGCGCAUUUUGGGUUUAUAUCCAACGAAAAAAUAUCGUCAACUCUAUAUUGCGUAUUCGUUGUUUGUGAAUAUUACAAUAUCAGUGUGUUAUCCAUUGCAUUUGAUGAUUGGUCUAUUCGAAAGUAACAACAUUUCGGAUGUAAUCGAAAAUUUGGCCAUUAAUCUGACUUGUGUUGUGUGCACCACCAAAGCUCUAGUGAUAUGGCUAAAAUUUCACGAAAUACAAAAUUUAUUCGAUAUUAUAAGAAGGCAGGAUGAGCGUAUAUGUUUGGCCAGAGAUGAAGCCCGCUAUUAUAAAAAUGUCGUUUUUAAGAAUGUACGUUUCGUAUUUAUAAUGUUUCUAAUAUUGUGUGCUGUCGCAGGUUCGUGUGUCGAGUUAUCGACGUUAAUAAAUUGUUUAAUGGGCAGUUGGCGUUUAUUGUACCUCGGCAGUUUUCCCUUUGAUCCAUUUGCCAGCACAAAAUUAUACAUUGUGGCACAUAUUUAUCAACUAGUAGGCGUGUCAUUUCAUAUUUUGCAGAAUAUUGUACACGACACGUAUGCCGCCAUGCAUUUGGCUUUACUAAGUGGCCAGUUGCAUGCUUUAAGUAUGAGGGUCUCAAAACUGGGCAGAGAUAAAAAGAAAAGCAAGGACGAAAAUAAUCGGGAAUUAUUGCUGUGUGUGCAAGAUCAUAAGGAUCUGUUGGAAUAUCGCUGUAAACUAGAAGAGUUUAUAUCUUUCUAUAUGUUUUUGCAAAUAUUUUGUACCACUGUAGUUCUGUGUGUUACCAUUGUUUUUGUGAUUUUAUUUACUACUGAUCCUUUUACCAAGAUGUACUAUUGCUCGUACUUUUUAGCUAUGGCGGGUGAAAUUUUACCCGUUUGUUAUUUUGGCAGUUUGAUGGAGUAUGAAUUUUAUAAUUUAACUUAUGCUUUGUUUACUUCAAAUUGGCUGGAACAGAAUGAUAUAUUUAAGAAAAAUUUUCGAAUUUUUAUCGAGUCCUCUAAUAAGCCAUUGUAUCUUAAUGCCUGGUUUUUUAGUAUAAAUUUAAAAACAUUUUUAUUGAUUUGUAAAAAUUCAUAUUCGUUAUAUGCUCUUAUAUCGACUUUGAAGUAA